AUGAAGUUGACCUUAAUGAGUGAUAAAAUUAUCUUUGAGAUGCAUUAUGGGAGUCAAUUCCAAUGGGAACCACAUGUAUAUGAAGGUGGUACUACGGCGCUUAUAGAUGGUUGUGACCCUAAUAUAGUCUCCCCAUUUGAGAUCACAAACAUGUAUGUGAAGGCUGAGGAAGAUGGUGCGAAUCUUGAUUUUUACUAUAGGAUACUGGGAUAA